GGCAGACAUUCUAGCGAAAGGGGUGCUCUCUGGAGAAAGUUAACUUAGAUUUAUUGGUGCUCAGAGCAAAACAAGUCGUCGUUUUAAGUGGAGUGAUAGUAGCACAGCGUGAUCGUAAGAAGAGAAGAUUCUGUUUUCAAAAACGCUCGUUUUUCGGCAAGUUUAAUUUCAGCGAAGUAACUGUGUUGUUCAAGUUCUUGAUUACAUCCAGCAGAAGCACUGGAGUUUCCACGUGCUUCUAGGUUAUGUCCAGACAGCACUGACACUAUGGUCCUUUAUUACGAUACUCACUACGCAAUGUUUCCAACACCGUCCCAUCAGACAACCUUUAACCCAUAUCCGUACGCAUCCAACCCAAUGCAACAAGCUCCAUUAUCACAUUAUGGGUCUGGUCAACAGGGUUAUGAUUUGGGAUGUCCAGUGUCCGAAACAAUGCUCCAACAGGGUUGGCACACUCCGUCCGUCUACCCUGUCUCUAGCACCAACGGCGGCUCGUGUGCUCGUGCAGCUACAAAUCCCAACAACUAUGAAGACUGGUCUCAGUCCCAAGGUUCGCUCUCAAAUCCCAGUCCUUGUUCCAAUGUCGGCAUGCCGGUCAAUUUAUCUUCGACCACUGGUCAGCAGUGUAAUUUUGGGCUCCCUACUUACAGACAACAUGAUAUUAUGACCAAUUGCCAAGGAACAAUCAGUUUGGCGGAUUUGGUCCACCCUCCUGACAAUGGAGCAACAACUUCUACGGACGAAUCUCCGUCCCCAUGCUCCGGAAUCAGUAGCGGCCUAGUACCGUCACCAGGUAUUCGAAACCAGCCUCGGCCACAACCUGUUCGUAGUCCGUACGAGUGGAUGAAGCGGCCAUCCUACCAACAGCCAGGCCAGGUGUUGCCAGGAAAAACCAGAACUAAAGAUAAAUACCGCGUUGUCUACACCGACCACCAACGGCUGGAGCUAGAAAAAGAGUUUCACUACAGUCGUUAUAUCACCAUUCGGCGGAAAACUGAAUUGGCUACCAUGUUAGGCCUAACAGAGCGUCAAGUGAAAAUAUGGUUUCAGAACCGUAGAGCCAAAGAAAGAAAGCAAGCCAGAAAACAAGAGGAAAUUUUACGUAAAGAAAAAGAACAAGUUCAACACGAUAUCACCGCGGGUCCAGGUUUUGGCAUCGCAAACAAACCCAUUUCUGCUGUGAUUAAUAUGAACCCAGGUCAUUGUACCUAAGUAUUACCUAUAACAUUGCUAUUGAUAUGAGCACAAACGCCAAGUUAAUAGACAUAUUCUUACAAACGAUAAAUGUAUAUUAAUAAGAUGUGCAAGGUCAGAAUAUCAGUAUAUUAGUUAGUGACUUUCUUCGUAUUCUUCGCUGUAAUUGCCAAUAUAUUUCAUUGUAGAAAGAAGUAUGACGUCAGUGAGUUUAGUGUGCAUAGCAGACUGACUUGCUGAACAUAUAUUUGAAACAGGUUUAUAAUGACGACGUUUUGUAGGCAAAGUAUGAAGAGAAACGAGAGAACAAUUGAAUCCUCAAAGUGUUUGAAAUAUCUUGAAUGACAUGAAACACUUGAAGAUUUUUUGUGUGCAAUUUUAGUGAUCUGAAGAAAGAUAAAUAAUUUUGUUGAGCUUUGUUUGUUGUAUAUUGGGAUCAUUUGAAUAUUGUUAUUAUUUUAUGUCUUUGAAAUGUUGAGAAAAAUUAAUAUUGGAGAAAUUUAACUUGAAUAUUGUCCCGAACGCCCGUAUUAAAGUUAAAAGCUGUUAAGAUUUUUUUUUUUCAUUUACAGCAUUUAUCUUGCAAGGAUCUAUAUUUUUUAUUAGGACACAAUCAGUUUUCCCUACCCGUUCAAGGAAUUUUAUUUUUUAUUAGGACACAAUCAGUUUUCCCUACCCGUUCAAGGAACUAUAUUUUUUAUUAGGACACAAUCAGUUUUCCCUACCCGUUCAAGGAAUUAUUUUUUAUUAGCACACAAUCAGUUUUCCUUACCCGUUCAAGGAACUAUAUAUAUAUAUAUACAAUCAGUUUUCCCUACCCGUUCAAGGAACUAUAUUUUUUAUUAGGACACAAUCAGUUUUCCCUACCCAUUCAAGGAACUAUAUUUUGGUUAGGACACAGUCAAUUUCUGCUACGCAUUAAUGGUGUACUCUAAAUCUAGCGUACGACACCCAAGAACAUUGACGAAGUUUUCAUCGUUAAUCUCCAAAACUCCUAUCUAUAGAUGUGAAGUCUACAUUAAAUUCGUUAAGACAUGAUGCGAAUAAUGUUUUGACUGUAGACUAAAUAAA